CAUUGCAAAGGCACAGUUUUGUACGUGAUCUUGUACAACACCCCUAAGAGAACCCUGUUCUGGAUUACCAACAGUCUCACUCGCCACGUAACAAACUCACAUUUGUUUGUUGCCCCAGUGCAGUAUCUGUCGAAGAGAAUCAAUUUAUUCUCGUCAAGUUCAGUGAAAAGAGGAAACAUGGUGUUGAACAAACUCAGCAUCGACAAGGUGGACGUUACCGGCAAGAGGAUCUUGAUGAGACUCGACUUCAAUGUCCCCAUGAAGGAUGGAAAGAUAACCAAUAAUCAAAGAAUUGUGGCUUCCCUGGACACGAUCAAGUAUGCCUUGGAGAAGAAAGCUAAAGCCAUUAUCAUAAUGUCCCACUUGGGACGACCGGAUGGCAACAGGAACCUGAAGUACACGAUGAAGCCUGUGGCAGAUGAGCUGAAGAAUCUCCUCAAGCAGGAGAUUAUUUUCCUGGAUGAUUGUGUUGGCCCUGCUGUGGAAGCUGCCUGCGCUGACCCAGCGCCUGGCUCCAUCAUUCUGUUGGAGAACAUGAGGUUCCACGUGGAGGAGGAGGGGAAGGGGGUUGGACCUGAUGGCAGCAAGGUGAAGGCUGACAAAGCUAAAGUCGAAGAGUUUCGUGCUGCCCUGAGGAAGCUCGGUGAUGUUUACGUGAAUGAUGCCUUCGGAACAGCCCACCGUGCGCACAGUUCGAUGAUGGGAGAUGGAUUCGACGUCAGAGCUAGUGGAUUCCUCAUGAAGAAGGAGCUUGAUUACUUCGCCAAGGCUUUGGAUAACCCUGAGAAACCAUUCCUCGCUAUUCUUGGGGGUGCCAAGGUCGCUGAUAAGAUUCAGUUGAUCAAUAACUUGUUGGAUAAAGUUAAUGAGAUGAUUAUUGGGGGCGGUAUGGCGUACACUUUUCUGAAAGUUACCAAGGGAAUGAAGAUUGGCAACUCCCUAUUUGACGAAGAAGGCUCGAAAAUUGUGAAUGACCUUCUGGAGAAGGCGAAGAAGAACAAUGUUCAGAUUCAUUUGCCUGUUGACUUCGUCACUGCUGAUAAAUUCGCUGAGGAUGCGGCUGUAGGUGCUGCUGAUAUUGAAUCUGGAAUACCUGAUGGCUGGAUGGGUCUCGAUGUUGGACCCAAAUCAAGGGAACUUUUCGCUGAGCCCAUCAAACGAGCAAAGCUCAUCGUGUGGAACGGUCCAGCGGGUGUCUUCGAGUUCGAGAACUUCAACAAAGGGACAAAAGCCCUGAUGGACAACGUGGUAGAAGCAACAACUCGUGGUGCCAUCACGAUCAUCGGUGGUGGUGACACAGCGACUUGCGCUGCCAAAUGGAAGACCGAAGACAAAGUCAGCCACGUCAGCACUGGAGGUGGUGCCAGCUUGGAAUUGUUGGAGGGAAAAGUAUUGCCUGGUGUUGAUGCUCUCUCACCGUUAUCGUAAAGAGAUUAUCAUGACAUUAAUGAUCAUUCUGACUCUCACAGCCUUGCUCGCAAGUGACUGUGAUCAUGAGAUUGUCAUUAAUAGAUGAAUCCAAUUCCUCUCGAUUUCCUUGAGUGAAGACACGUACGAAACAAUUUCAUAAAAAAACCUUGCGAUUUCUUUUGGAAAUUCUAUUGAACUUUCUAUUUAUUUAGUUUUUUCUUCGAUAGAAAUGUUCAGUGGAAAAUAUUCUGUGGAAAAAUCAAUAGAAUUCACUUUUUCAAUACAAUUUGUUCUAUUAAUUUAUGCAAUAAAACGAGAAGAAAAAUAGAGUG